UAUCUUCAAUGUUGGUGAUCCUGGAUUCUGACUUUCAACUGUUUUUCUCAUGUCAUGUAUACAAGCAUGGCUUCUAUAGUGGGAAAUUCUGACAGACGUGCUUUACUAAAUGUUAUAUUAAAAGAAUUGACGAGUGAUGUCAAGAGCCCUGCGUAUGACUAUUUAAAGAAUAGUCUCGUUUCCUCAAGACCUCACCUAGUAGGUGCUUUAGCAUGUGCUGCAGAAACGAAUAAAGAAGAAGUAUUAUCAAGCUCGUUCCCUCACGAUGACUGUGAAUUUCUAUUAAACACAAGCAACGAUGAAUUUUAUCAGUUAUUCAAAUUCAGGAAGCAGACAAUGAAGGAUUUAAUUCAACUUAUGGAGCAUAGAUUACUCAAGGGUGAAGAUGAAGAUGGAACUCCAGUAACAGUUACGAAAAAAGUUCUUAUGACGUGUUGGUUGAUGACCUCUGCAGAAGAAUAUUUUAUGGCUUCAGAAGUAUUCAACAUUAGUGUCAGUUCAGUUGUGCACAUUUUUCUUGAAGUUUGUGAAGAAUUGACCAAGUUAACUACACAAUUUGUAAAUUGGCCCUCUGAUGCAGAACAGACAUCAAUAAUUGAUGCAUUUGAGAUGACAUAUGGAUUUCCUGGUGUUGUUGGAGUCAUUGGCUCAACAGCAUUUAAUAUCAGUCACCCAGUGAUAUUGAGUGAUGACAAUCACUAUUAUAAUCCUGCUUCAGACCAACAUUCAAUAGUUAUCCAAGCUGUUUGUGAUCAACACAUGGUUUUUCGUGAUGUAUGUGCAGGUGUACCAAGCAGAAGAACUUCAGCUGAAAUACUGAGGGAUAGUCCUCUGUAUAUGCGACUUGUUAACCGAAGUGCUCCAUUAAUGAAGCCUCAAACUUUCAUUCUUGGAAGUAGUGAUUAUCCCCAGUUACCAAACUUACUAACUCCAUAUGCUCCAGAGGCUCGGGGUCGACCACUUGAUAAUACUGAAUCUAGUUUCAAUAAGCAACAUGCUGCAGUAGAAAGUAUAAUUCACAAGUGUUUUGACAUAUUAAGAGUUCGAUUUUCAAAACUUAAAUAUAUUAAUAUCCCUGAUAAUUCAAAGGCAACACAUGUUGUAUUGGCUGCAUGUGUUCUACAUAAUUUUGCUCUAUUUAGAGGAGAUAUAAUGAUUUAAUAUGUAUUAAUACUGUACAUAAUUUUAAAUUACUAUAAUUAUUUUUAUUACUUGGAAGAAGAAACUUUCUGAGUAAACACAUUCUAAAUGGAGCAGUGUUUCAAAGAAGUUAGAGAUAUAAAUAAUCAGCAAGAGGGGAAAUCUUCAAAAUUUUUAUAAUAAUUGUGCUUUAAGUUUUAUAGAGCUUUAGAAGGAAGAUCAGUAGUUUGUUGUAAAUGUGUGUUAAAUGGCAUUUAUCUGGAGAUAAACCAAGAUUUUAACAUAAUAUUUAAAUAUAUAAAUUACUACAUCCAAGAAUAAAAUUUAAUAGCAUUUAUUUGCAUUUGAAUGACGUACAAAUGAAUAUUGUUAAGUAAAUCAUUGAUACAUUUUUGUAAGUGCAUUUAGAACAUUUAUGUGUUUUUGACAUGCAAUAUGAGCCAUUUAUUUCUUUGCAGAAAUAAAGAUCAAAUCCGAAGGUUUCAGAAACAUAUUUUUUACCAUUUUGUUUUCAGUAGAUCAUGUAUAGGGCACCAAAAAAGUCUCGGUACUGGGUCAAGUCAGAGCCUUCUAUUAAAAAUGGCAAUGAUGUUGGUAGCAAACACAUGGCUGGGAAACAAGUAAAGGGACAACACUUCCAGCAUGUUAUGAUUGUAGUGACUGCAGUAUUUACAUUUUCUUUUGUUGCACACUGCUACCAACAUAAUUUUUGUUGCAAACACCAAGGGACCACUAUGGAGAGACUUUUUCUGGCAUGCUGUAUAUUUCAUAAUAUAUUAGCAAUCUACCAAAAACUGAAUUAAUUUAAUAUUGAAAAUUAUUUUAAGAAUUUAAAUUUUGCGAGAUGUACUGUUGGAAAAAAUAUAAUAUUAACUGUCUUAUAUGGAAACCGUAUUUCAGCCCCUUAUAAGAAUUUAAGGAAAAUUUAAAAAUAUUAGUACAUAAACAAUCGAGGCAUCCAGGGAGAGGGGAAGCUAACCCACAAAAUUCAGAAUAUUCAUUUACGAAUGUUCGAUUAUAAAUACAUUGAAGAUGUCAAUAAAUCUAUCUUUUGAAUUUUGUGAGUUGGUUCCCUCUCUCACUGGAUGCCUCAAUUAUCCUUGUUAAAGAAAAACAUGUUGAAACUUGAGAACUAAUAAUUUUUGAUAGAAUAAUACAUGAUGCUGAGAAAAAUUUCCUACAAGAAUCUUUUUGUAUUUUUGUUGCUGAUAUUUCUUACUUAUAAAAAUUGUUGGGUUUCAUGUGAUAUCUGAUUUGUAUUGUAUGAUAUACAUUGUUUAAGGCAUUUAACACCACCUGUUUAUUGGUGGAAAAUUCAUUCCGUAUGAAUACAUGUGUUUAUUGAAUAUACUUGUGUGUAGUUCAUAGCAGAAGUCAGCUUUAUAACAGAGCGAAACAGAAACAAUGAAAAAUUUUGUUCCAGGAAUUACUUUUUAUUUUUUUAAACUGUUGUGCUUGUAAACAGUGAAAUGUCAAUUAAAUAUGACCGAGGUAGCAUGUGUAGUAAGUUAUUUCUUGCAACAUUCCUAAAUUGUGUAUUAACAAUUAUGAGAUGUGUGAGAAAUUCCUUUUAAGAACAUAAAAAUAAAUGUAUAUUAAUAUACAUAAGAUCAAUAGAUGAUGUUCGUAUGACUAAUUUUAUGUUAAAUUAAUUUCAGUUCUUAUAUGCCAUUUUUAACCUCAGUUAUUUCAAUUAAUGAGGGUUUGUGCUUUUAAAAUAAUUUAGAUUUCAGCAUUGAUGGAUGCUAUAUACAUAUUCACUCAUCUUAUGACAGCUUGUAGAAUCUUAUGAGGUACGUAGUGAAACCCCUUACAAAUUAUAUCUUACUAUGAAAACCGUUGUUAGUUAGUACUACAAAUUAGUAUUUUAAUAGUUUAUGAAUAAUCAGAUAUUCAUUGCAUAUAAAUCUAAUUUUCAAAAUAUUUGUCAAAGAACUUAUUACAGGAUUUCAAUGUUCACUCCUGGAGAAUGUUUUUGUUGAAAUGAAAUG